CUUUUGCCAGUCGCUUGGGAGCAGAUUAUUGCCAGCUCAGUCCUGUGAGGGUAGAGGAAUGCAAGGUGGUGUCAGCGCCGGGAGCCGCGGCCAUGGAAUCCAGCAUUUGUUACGCAGCAGCAGCUGAAGCGGGCUGGCUCGGCACAAGGGGCAGAGUCCAUAUGCAGGGUAGGAGCUGCAGGAAGAGACCACCGUGGGAGAAGAUAAGAGGCACACAAAGAAGAGACGGGGCGAGCGAUAGGACUGCAUCCGCGCUCGUAGGAAAUCUGAGGAAGACAAUUAUCUGGAAUAAGCUCCUGCUUUCUUUUUUUCUGUUUUUUUUUUUUUUUUUUUUAAUUUUAAAUUCACCUCAACCAAACGCUGCUGGAGAAGAGGUUCUGUUUAAAUUGCUUCAGCUAAUUCUUGCUGCUUCCACGACGAGGCAAAUUUGUUUGCCAUGGUGAAAGAAAAAGUGGCCCAUCCUCAAGAGCCCCAUCACCCAACUGAAAAGCCAGUCAUCCACUGCCAUAAGUGUGGAGAGCCAUGUAAAGGUGAAGUACUCCGUGUUCAGUCCAGACACUUCCACAUCAAAUGCUUCACCUGCAAAGUGUGUGGCUGUGACUUGGCACAAGGAGGCUUUUUCAUUAAGAAUGGGGAAUACCUUUGCACCUUGGAUUACCAGCGCAUGUAUGGUACCCGCUGCAACGGGUGUGGGGAGUUUGUUGAAGGAGAAGUAGUGACAGCUCUGGGAAAAACUUACCAUCCAAACUGCUUUGCCUGUACAGUUUGCAAGCGUCCAUUUCCACCAGGUGAUCGAGUUACCUUUAAUGGAAGGGACUGUCUCUGUCAGCUGUGUGCUCAGCCAAUGUCCUCCAGCCCAAAAGAACUGUCAGCCUCAAGCAAUUGUGCUGGCUGUGGAAGAGACAUAAAAAAUGGACAAGCAUUGCUAGCUCUCGAUAAGCAGUGGCACCUGGGGUGCUUUAAGUGCAAGGCCUGUGGGAAGGUCCUGACUGGGGAAUACAUCAGCAAAGAUGGUGCUCCUUAUUGUGAAAAGGACUAUCAGGUUCUUUUUGGAGUCAAGUGUGAAGCAUGUCACCAAUUCAUUACUGGGAAAGUACUAGAGGCAGGUGACAAGCAUUAUCAUCCCAGCUGUGCACGAUGCAGCAGGUGCAACCAAAUGUUCACAGAAGGAGAAGAAAUGUAUCUGCAAGGUUCCACUGUCUGGCAUCCCGACUGUAAGCAAUCUACUAAGACUGAAGAUAAGCUACGGCAUUCCUCAUCUGAGUUCUUUUAUCCAAAGAGUCUGGUUCUGCGCAGACCACGCUCUGCAGAGCUAUUAUCACCGCCUUGCAUAAUGAACUCUAUCAAAAAACUAAGGCAGCCUACCAGAACAUCAUCAGAAAGCAUUUAUUCCAGGCCAGGUUCCAGUAUACCUGGCUCACCGGGCCACACUAUCUAUGCAAAAGUAGACAAUGAGAUCCUUGAUUACAAGGAUUUAGCAGCCAUUCCCAAAGUCAAGGCCAUUUAUGACAUUGAACGUCCAGACCUAAUUACUUAUGAGCCAUUCUACACUUCCGCCUACGAGGACAGACAGGAGAGACAGAGUCUUGGAGAGUCUCCACGGACAUUAUCACCUACCCCUUCAGCAGAAGGUUAUCAAGAUGUUCGGGAUCGCAUGAUUCACAGGUCUACUAGUCAGGGCUCUAUUAAUUCUCCAGUGUACAGUCGCCAUAGCUACACGCCCACCAUGUCACGCUCCCCCCAGCAUUUCCACAGACCUGAGCUGCUCUCUACUGGUGUGCAGCGGUUGUCAUACCUGCGCACUAGCAGUCUCAGCUCCGCUCACCAUGACUCCCGCCCCAACUCCCCCUUCCGACACCACUUCAUCCCCCAUGUCAAAGGCAAUGAGCCGUCCAGCGGUCGGAACUCCCCUGUCCCCUAUCGGCCAGACAGCCGCCCUCUCACUCCAACUUACGCUCAGGCCCCUAAACAUUUCCAUGUUCCAGACCAAGGUGUCAACAUUUACAGAAAGCCACCAAUCUACAAGCAACAUGAUGCAGCUGCUUUGGCAGCACAGAGCAAGUCCUCCGAGGAUAUCAUCAAGUCCUCCAAGUUCCCAGCAGCUCAUGCACCAGCACCCAACGAGAUACCAAAGAUUGAGACGGACCACUGGCCAGGUCCUCCCUCCCUUGCAGCCAUAGGAGCAGACAUGAGACGCAGGUCAAGUGGAAGAGAGGAAGACGAUGAGGAGCUACAGAGACGUCGGCAACUGCAGGAGGAGCAGCUCAUGAAGCUUAAUUCUGGUCUUGGACAAUUGAUACUGAAGGAAGAGAUGGAAAAGGAGAGGUCAGCCUUUUCUGCCAGUCGUUAUGAUUCUCCAGCCCACGCUUCAGCCUCCAAAACCUCUUCUCUUCCUGGCUAUGGAAAAAAUGGACUUCACAGGCCGGUGUCUACAGACUUUGGUCAGUACAACAGUUAUGGGGAUGUGAGUGGUGGGGUUAGAGAUUUCCAGGUAGAGUACGGGUUUUCAUCAAUCAACUGACAACGGAUUUAAAAGCAUCCACUUUCUUUUUAAGUCUGAAUUUCUGCUACAGGGAAGGGUUUCUUAAGACAUUAACUUUGAUUUACCUGCAUGUUUAAGCAUAAUCACCAAUGUAGACUCUUAAUUGAUAAAAAACAGGCACAGUCUCAGAUUCCUCCUUCCUUGUACCUCCCCAGAACUGGGUUGAGAAGGCUCAGACCAGUCUGAGAUAAAAUCCACUGUCUGUUCAAAUACGAGUUGCCUGCAAUAGCUCUUUCUGGACAGCUGAGGGUGGAUUUAUCUCCAGCCUGUCUAGUACCAGCCCCAGAGAUGCUUUGAAAUAAUUUUCUGGAGGCAAUUUUCUUCCAUACCAGGAGCCUUUUUGCCCUGGAAUUUAUUCUUCAGACAAGAUGACUAAUCAAUGUCUUUCUACAGUGCUACCAUCACAGAUGAGCUAUUAAGAUACAUGCUUGCAAAAAUUAACCCUUUUAUCCCAAAACCUGUCUAAGGGAUUUUUUCCAGAAUAGUUUGAGCCUGGCUGGCCCCUCAUCACAAUCACAUUAUGAAGUGACAAUUUAAGAAAGGUUUUAAUGAUGUGGAUGUAUUUGUUAAUGAUAUAUCAAAACUGUGAUGAAUGGAAAGAAAAUAAGAUUAUGGGAGAAGAGAGGAGUUCUUCAUGUAUUAUAUUCAAGAUGUAACUGAGCCUGUGUCAGAACAGCACCUUUUGACAACAGCCCUAUCCUUGUUCUCGUUCAUAGUCAAUGUUUUCCACUGUACACACACACACACAAAAAAAGAAAAAAAAAGCAAACCAAUCCAACACCUUGGCUGAUACACUAAGUGACAUGAAGGGCAGACAGGCUGCUUAUGUGUACUGUUGAGCAGAAUCUGAAUUUAUGCUUCUCUGUAUUUGUUCCAGAUAAGAGCCUUACUUGAUGAUUGGGGUUGGGAAGGGCCUGCCAUUCUCUCAGGGUCCCCAGGUCCAUUCAGCCCCAGUAAUGUCAGAAAAUGUAGUGGUAGAGAGGGUCGAAGGAUGCCUCAGGAAAACAUGCUUCUGAGAAUUGAUUGCCAGUAACCAUGGCAAUGUCCUGUGUGGUCAGAGUAAGCAGUAAGGCUUGAAGGGAGUCUCAGUGCAAAUUCACCUUUGUUUUCACCACUACUUGAGUGCCUUUACCCUCUGUGUGUGUAACCUAUGUGUCUGAUGUAUACCUGUAUCUGAUGCAGUCCCUUCCGGAUGGUCAUGUCCCUGGAAUGAGAAUGGACAGAGGAGUAUCUAUGCCUAACAUGUUGGAGCCAAAGGCAAGUGCAGAUGUUAUUCACUUUCGUUCAAGAUAAUGAAGAUUUGACUGUGAAAUGCAGAUAAAAUACAGGAGAUGUCUUGGUUCCCUUGUUCUUCUUUACCUCAUCUCAAUCCCUUCUCCCUUUGUGCCAAACCUGUCCCGUUGUUCUGGAAUUUGCCUAUUCUGGGUAUUCAUACUCUGGCUGAAGGUAGUCAGUGUGCUCCUUUUGGGUGGAGCAGGCUUUCUCAGAGACACAAUGAAGAUACUGAAGGGCUCAGUAAAUAGCUAGUUCUCUGUCAAGCUUUCAGUAGCCAAAAUAGCAGACCACACUUGAUUGCAAAGUCUUGGAUCUGUUAUGAUUGAAAAGUGACACAGGAUAUUAUGGUUCACAACACAUGGCUGAGGCUCUACACAGAUCUCUGGUUUGAGACUAAUGGUGCCUGAAAUCUUAUAUAAUGUUUAGUUCCCUAUAUAAGAACUUUGUUACAAGAUUUGUUGGGAAAAAGAGGUAAUAUCAGCUGAAUAUGAGUUAAGGUAUAGAUAAAAAUGCUUUUGCUGCUGUGUCUAGAGGUGGCUGAGUCAAAAAUGAACAUAAUCUACAGAAAGGCUUCAGCCAGUGCUGUGUUCUAAAUCUUGCAACUUUCUCUGUGGCUGGUGAACCUUCUGAGAAAUCAUGGUUUUCCCAGAGUUGCAAGGAUCAGCAUUGCUGCAGUUAAGUGAGGAGCUUUAUAUGCAAACCAGAUUACUGCUUGUGCUUCCAGGUGACCCUCAGACAAAUUGUAGAAGGCAAUAACCUUAGCUUUAUGAGCUGAGAACCUAGUGCAGUGUACGUGAACAAAUGUUUUUAUAUACUAUGUAAGUAUAGACCUUGAGAACAUCCCUGACUUCUGAGAUCAUGCUUUUUAUUCCAAAUGAUUUAUUUUUUCAGUGCAAUAGCAUUUAUUACAGCCCUCACUGCCAUUAAUGCAUCCUGUUAUUUGGAAUUUUGUGGUGGGUUACAAAUUCUGUCAUACUACUAAUGAUAAAAUUUGUGGGAAUGUUCAUGAGAGUACAGGUCACUUUCUGUUGAUGUUUAAAAAGGUUGUGCCAGUCCCUGAGGUUAUGCUAAGUGGCAGUUCUGUUCAUGUCAAUGAUCCAACAGUAAUUUAAACCUGAUCAAGUGGCUACUAGGUGACCUUCAAGGUCUCUUCUAAACCAAGCCAUUCUGUGAUUCUAUGAAGUGAAAAAAGCCAACUCAGUGUCAGCUUGAAACACCUGGGAAGUGAAAAUUAGUAAAUUUCAGAAAGCCCAAAUCUUACCAAGCAGUUCACCAGAAGGGACAGAAUUUGUGCAUCCUAACACCCCAGACUGAAACAUACCUUACUGUGAAUACCUGAAUAUAAAAUGUACUUAUGACCAUAGACCUUGACUUAAACUCUGCUUGUUUAAGUAUUUUGAAGAGUUGCAUUUCAGUUUCCUUUAAUGCUGUAUAUGGUAGCCAUUGCCACUAUUGAACAUAAACAAUGUAAUUCAAAGUAUAGACUUAAUUGUACCAUUGUGACAAUGUCAGAGUCUCCUAAGAAUCCUAUCUUAAAGCUGGUAUGUAAGCACAUAUUACUUAAAUUAUUAUUACUUACAAUAAACUCCGUGGUGUGUUCA